AUGACGACAACAUAAUCAGCAAUAAUCAAGUAGGUUAACUUUUCCUAUGAUCAUAAUAAACUACAAAACCUGCUAGUCUUUCUCCUGGCUUUUAUCGUGAUCGACUAUGUAUUCUUGAAAGACUUAUUGUUCUAAGUAUCGCUAAAGCACUAGAUAAUGAUGAACGAAGAGUACCAUUCCAAACACGCCGAGAAUUUCUUUGAGGUAAUGAGUGAACUAGGAGAUGGGAUUGGAAUUGCACUUUUCCUUUCAUUUGCUGCUUGUGUUUUGUCAACAGAGAGCAUAGUCAUUUGCUGUAUGGCUCAAGGAAUUGGUUGCGCUAUUGUGAUUCUUUUGAAAAGCAUCCACUGUGAACCACGCCCAUUUUUCCUUAUUGACAACUUAUACCCUAGGAAAUGCAGUCUCGAACACGGCGAUCCAUCUGGCCACUCUUUUGUUAGUGCAUCACUGUUACUAUGUAUCACAGAUAGAUACAUUCAUCAAUAUAAAGUAUAAAACAAGGUUAGAGCAUGGUCAAUUCCUGUAGUUUUGAUAUUAUUGAUUGGUUCUUCAAGAAUAUACAAUGGCUAUCAUACUUAUAACUAAGUAGUUUCAGGUUUUGUUUGGGGAACUUCUACCUAUUAUUUUCUAUGCUAUGUUAUAGUAGACUACCUCAAUAACUUUUCAAGAUAGUUUAGAUUUUUAUCGAAUUCUCAGAAAUUCUGGAACCCACUUACCAAGGUCUUUUUCUACGGAUACAUCAUUUAAACUGCUCUAUAUUUCUAUAACAUUUCCUACAGACCUACCCCUGAGUCAUGGUACGAAAUGACUAGAAAAAACUGCCCCACUCGCAAAUUCAACAUUGACCCAAAGCUAACUGAUUUCGAAAAAUACAGCAUCACUUCAACAGUGAUUGGAGCUAUAAUUGGCUUGCAAUUUGAGGAUACAUUUUUACCAACUAAAGAUAUGCUUAAGCACUUUGAAGUGCCGUUUAAAUAUCUAAUUCCUAGUCUUAUUGUUACUUUUAUCGGCAUGUUAUCAUCCAUUAUCUCUACAUUAGUAGUAUCUCACAAUGAUCCUUUUAUUUUAGUUCUAUGGGGUAAAAGCUUUAUGCCUUGUUUUACAGCUGGCUUUUAUCAAACAGGCUUAAGUAGAUAUGUCUUAUACAAAUUUAAUUUGAUAAACACGACAAUAGUUGUAGAAGAUGCGCAAAUUAAAAAAGUGAAGUGA